AUGGACUCUGCUGAUGAAGCUGAGCUGCGGGACCUGAUCAACGAUGUUGUUCAAGCUGCAAAGAUUACCGCCAAAAAGCGAUUUGUCUCAAUCAAGCCCACCAUCGAGAACCUUACCUCACGCGCAUACGACCAAGGCCUCUCACCAGACGCGCUGAGCGAGCUCAUUUCACUCAUCACAAAGCCCAGCCACCUCGAUCAAGCCAGCCUCAACUCACUCAUCAGCAACUUGUACCCGUCUAGUCGUAUUUCCUCCGAUGUCAUCCUCAGAGUCAUUGGCUGUCUGGGGCGCGGGGAGCUCAAGCCUUCCUUGCCCAUCCAGGCUGGCUUGUUGAGGUGGCUCGUCAUGGUGUAUCAAACCAUUGAGACUCCAGCUAUUCUCUCACAGUCAUAUGCUAUUCUGUUCAAUCUGUUAGAUACAGCAGCCAUCAGGUUCGCCCUUUAUUUGAGAAAUGAGAUUGGCCUAUCUCGACAGACGGGCCACGAUCCAGCGUUGACAGGACUCCUGCGAAUAUUCAAAGACUACUAUCCCGAGAUCAUCGUUGGCGACGCCAUCAAGGGCAAGGCAUCUGCUUUCAAGCACCCCGAUACGCAAUGGCGCGACCGGCUGGGCGUAAUUCAACGCGACUAUGCCCAGCGCUCUACAGCCGCUGUCUCACAACCUCAGAACGGCUUCACAGUGAGCAGACACACUGCCAGCGGCGGGCGAGGACCGCGUCCGUCUGGUGUCCCUGCUGUUCACACUUCUUAUGCCGACGAGACGUCUGUGACUUUAGAGGAAAUUGACAGCGCUGAUCGACUGGCCCAAACGCUGGAAAAGAUCGAGGUGCCGAAUCAGCUAGCUGCUGUCCUCGCCGACCCGCUGCUUCAGAAUUUCGUUGCUUUGAGGAAGGACGAUGUCAUGUCGCGCCGCAUAGUGCAUUGGUUGGACGCGCUCCUCGAUGAUGUCGUCUCGGGAAACGCAGACACCAAGACCUUCGAGGACACUAUGGAGGUCCUCCAAGACUAUGUCUCCCGCGAAACACCCCCGGUCGUCUUGAACUUCCUGGCUAAACUGUUCGAGAGGUGGGACGGCGUCGAAGCUCAAGGUCGUAUCUUGGGCAUACUUCAGUACACAACAUUAUCCAGAUUUGAUGAACUUAAGCGCCUCCUCUUCCAGCCCCUCGAGAAGUGCCUUCCCCGAACGCCUUCAAAUCAGAUCCUCCUACUCGAUACCUACAGAGGCCUACUACACAACUGGACCUCGAUCCUUCUCUCCUUGGACAGCAUACCGUCCGACACACCCUUUGACGCCGUCAGGCAGCUUCAGAUCCACGCGAAUGCUCUCUCCCUCUCCCUCAUACAAGCAUGCCCCUCGACAGCAACCAACGGCGCCGUCCUCGACUUUUACGAACAGGUCGCCGCAACGACCUCGCACCCCACCCUGCAGCCACACCUCCGCAUCGCCAUCCCGUCGCCGGCGCUCGUAUACCUCGUCUUCUUCUCGCCCUCGCUCGGCAACGUGUCCCGCCUCACCGGCGUCCUCGCCCGCUACAAGACGGCCUUUGACGCCGCCAUGGCGCGGUCCAAGACGGCCUACACGUCGGCCGACCUCCGCACCUUCAACAGCUUCCUCAUGGACCUCUGCAAUUGCCUCUGGCGCGGCCGCGCCUUCAACGCCACCGACACGAACGCCCUCGGCUGCCUCGCGCCCCGCGCCGCCACGAGCCGCUACCAGCGGUACGCCGAGGACCUCGGCUCCGAUCUCGCGCUGCCGCUGCUCUUUGGCCUGUCGCACUCGCCGCUGCUGAGCCUGCAGUCCAUCUCUUGCGUGCGCGCGCUCGAGGACGAGGCGUUUCGCGGCGACGGGGGCGUCAUGAUCGCCACGCGCCACGCCGGGCCCGUGACGCAGGCGAGUCUGCAGCGGCUCGCGGCCGCGCGCGGCCUGCCGCUCAAGUGGGCCGAGUACCGGCUGCAGGUGCUCCGGCAUCUCGAGAGGGAGGGGUUCGUGGGCGUCAUGGACUUCAUGAAGAAUAUCCUCAAGGUUUUGCAGGGCACGGGAAACGCGUCGAGUCAGGGGAGCCAGGGCUCGCGCGCGUCGCUAGGGUAG